AGUCCACCACUCUCAAGUCUCAACCGCAACUCCAAACUACCGUUCAUUUCUCAACACCCAAAACUUUUCAUCACUCCUUCAUUUCUCCAUCAUGAGCGAUCCAUCACUCCACCACCCUCCUCCGCCCUCCCCCGCCGUCAAAAAGUCAUCUUCACCCAUCCAGGGCCCACGUCCUCCGCCCCUCAGCAUCAGCAAACCCUCCCACAAAAUCAAGAAACCACCUAGGCCACCUCUUCCUCAGCAGCCCGUCAUUAUCUACGCGGUCUCUCCCAAGAUCAUAAACGUCGCCGUUUCGGACUUCAUGGCCACCGUCCAACGCCUCACAGGGAUAUCCUCUGACGACUUCUGCAGCGGAGGGGACGUGUCCCCGGCCGCCAGGCUGGCUUCCACUGAGAAAGUGAUUAGUCCAAAGGAGAAAGCUUUUAAUGUAGAGGCUUGUGAAGAGAUGAUGGAAGAAGGAAUUGAAGUGGGUCGGACACCCGGGAUUCUUUCGCCGGCGAUACUGCCGCCGGUGGUCCCAGAAUGGUACUUUUCUCCGACGAGUGACCCGUAUUCGCUUGCUUCGUUCUUGGCUAGUCCCGGGUCGGGGCUUUUUCCAGGUUCUAUGGGCUCUCCCAAUUUUUCACCUGAAAUUUUUGGUCAAAUUUGGAACUUUUAACUUAAUUUUUCGUUAAUUAUAAUUUGUUGGGCUAGAUUUGCAAAUUUUAGCUAGAUUUUGUUGGGUCAGAUUUCUUCUUUGAGAUGUAAUUGUAAAGACUAGGGAGAGAUGGGUUAGCUCAGAUUUGCGAUUAAACAAGAUAUUAGCAAAAUAAUUAGAGGUGUCUUUUUGUAAUUAACUAAUUAGUUAUGGGGUAGUUUUUGUUUACGAAAUUUAUUGUAGUUAUAUGUACAAAAACGAUGAUAUUUUAUUAUAUAAUUAAAUAUUAUUUUAUUUUUAAUUUAAAA